CCGCCUGCACCGCCGCCGCGCCCCAUUGGGCCGGGUACCGGGGCAUCCCGGGUGCCUCGAGCGGCCACAACGAGCCGCAAGUGGCGCCAGGCUCAACGCCCGCGGAGGAGCGGUGCCGCGCGCGGCAGGCGGGUGCCGUGACGCCGGUAGGGGAGCGUCGGAACGGCGGCGGGACUUCCGCCACGGGACCCGGAAGGGGCCGCGCCGCCGCUGCUGGGAGUUGUAGUCCGGCCGUGGUUGGGGGAGCCGCGGCUCAUGCGCGGUGCACCGAGGCUUGUUUCACAUCUGUAACAACAGGAGGAGGCCCAGCCUCGUGAUGAGGAAUAGCAAGGAGAGAAUUCAGCUCCAGUUCAAAAGCCUACAAAACCUGAGACUGUCAUUGCUUUUAUAAGGAUUCCAGCUUUCCCUCCUGGCCAGAAAUGUUCAGCCUGGACUCAUUCAGAAAAGAUCGGGCCCAGCACAGGCAGCGUCAGUGCAAACUUCCCCCACCCCGCCUUCCACCCAUGUGUGUCAACCCUGCCCCUGGAGGGACCAUCUCUCGAGGCUGAACGUUAACAUUUCCAACAUGGCAGCUUCUAGGGACCUAUUAAAAGAAUUCCCACAGCCCAAAAAUCUUCUCAACAGUGUGAUUGGAAGAGCCCUCGGCAUCUCACAUGCAAAAGACAAACUAGUCUACGUGCACACAAAUGGACCGAAGAAAAAGAAAGUCACACUGCACAUAAAGUGGCCCAAGAGCGUGGAGGUAGAAGGCUAUGGCAGCAAGAAGAUCGAUGCUGAGCGGCAGGCUGCAGCUGCGGCCUGCCAGCUGUUCAAGGGUUGGGGUCUACUGGGUCCCCGGAAUGAGUUGUUUGACGCAGCCAAAUACCGAGUGCUCGCUGAUCGCUUUGGCUCCCCUGCUGACAGCUGGUGGCGUCCUGAACCCACCAUGCCCCCUACUUCCUGGCGGCAGCUGAAUCCGGAGAGCAUUCGGCCAGGGGGACCUGGGGGCCUAUCCCGCUCUUUGGGCCGGGAAGAAGAAGAGGAUGAGGAGGAAGAGCUAGAAGAAGGGACCAUAGAUGUUACCGACUUCUUGUCCAUGACCCAGCAGGAUUCCCACACCCCACUCAGGGACUCAAGGGGGAGUUCCUUUGAGAUGACAGAUGAUGACAGUGCCAUCAGGGCUCUGACCCAGUUUCCACUUCCCAAGAACCUUCUGGCCAAGGUGAUUCAGAUUGCAACGUCAUCCUCCACAGCUAAGAAUCUCAUGCAGUUUCAUACUGUUGGCACCAAGACCAAGCUAUCUACACUCACCCUGCUCUGGCCCUGCCCCAUGACCUUUGUUGCCAAAGGGCGCCGCAAAGCAGAGGCUGAGAAUAAGGCGGCAGCCUUGGCCUGCAAGAAACUGAAGAGCCUGGGCCUGGUGGACAGGAACAAUGAACCGCUUACACACGCCAUGUAUAACCUGGCCUCUUUGCGUGAGCUGGGUGAGACCCAGCGCCGACCGUGCACCAUCCAGGUGCCCGAGCCCAUCCUCCGCAAGAUAGAGACCUUCCUGAACCAUUACCCUGUGGAGAGUUCAUGGAUUGCCCCAGAACUCCGGCUGCAGAGUGAAGACAUCUUGCCCUUGGGCAAGGACUCAGGGCCUCUCAGUGACCCUAUCACAGGCAAGCCCUAUGUGCCCCUGUUGGAAGCAGAGGAGGUACGUCUCAGCCAGAGUCUGCUAGAACUGUGGCGGCGGCGAGGGCCAGUCUGGCAGGAGGCCCCCCAGCUACCUGUGGAUCCACAUCGGGAUACCAUCCUCAACGCCAUUGAGCAGCACCCGGUGGUGGUCAUCUCUGGGGACACAGGCUGUGGGAAGACCACACGCAUCCCCCAGCUGUUGCUGGAGCGCUAUGUGACCGAGGGCCGCGGUGCCCGCUGCAAUGUGAUCAUCACCCAACCUCGCCGUAUCUCUGCUGUGUCUGUGGCACAGCGGGUCAGCCACGAACUGGGCCCCUCCCUGCGCCGGAACGUGGGCUUCCAGGUGCGGCUGGAAAGUAAGCCCCCAGCCCGAGGUGGGGCCCUGCUCUUCUGCACUGUGGGUAUCCUGCUGCGUAAGCUGCAGAGCAACCCCAGCCUGGAGGGUGUGAGCCACGUCAUCGUGGAUGAGGUGCACGAGCGGGACGUGAACACAGACUUUCUGCUGAUCCUGCUCAAGGGCCUGCAGCGGCUCAACCCGGCCCUGCGGCUGGUGCUCAUGAGUGCCACAGGGGAUAAUGAGCGCUUCUCCCGAUACUUUGGUGGCUGCCCCGUCAUCAAGGUGCCUGGCUUCAUGUACCCAGUCAAGGAGCACUACCUGGAGGACAUCCUGGCCAAGUUGGGCAAACACCAAUACCUGCACCGGCACCGGCACCAUGAGUCUGAGGAUGAAUGCGCACUCGAUUUGGACCUUGUGACUGAUCUGGUUCUGCACAUCGAUGCUCGUGGGGAACCAGGUGGGAUCCUGUGCUUCCUGCCUGGGUGGCAGGAGAUCAAAGGAGUGCAGCAGCGCCUCCAGGAGGCCCUGGGCAUGCACGAGAGCAAGUACCUCAUCCUGCCAGUGCACUCCAACAUCCCCAUGAUGGAUCAGAAGGCCAUAUUCCAGCAGCCUCCAGUGGGGGUGCGCAAGAUUGUCUUGGCCACCAAUAUUGCGGAGACUUCCAUCACAAUCAACGACAUCGUGCAUGUGGUGGACAGUGGGCUGCACAAGGAAGAACGCUAUGACCUGAAGACCAAGGUGUCCUGCCUGGAGACAGUGUGGGUGUCAAGAGCCAAUGUGAUCCAGCGCCGGGGCCGAGCGGGCCGCUGCCAGUCAGGCUUUGCCUACCACUUGUUCCCUCGAAGCCGGCUGGAGAAAAUGGUCCCUUUCCAAGUGCCAGAGAUCCUGCGCACGCCUCUCGAGAACCUGGUGCUCCAAGCGAAAAUCCACAUGCCUGAGAAGACGGCGGUGGAGUUCCUGUCCAAGGCUGUGGACAGUCCAAACAUCAAGGCAGUGGACGAGGCUGUGAUUUUGCUCCAGGAGAUUGGGGUGCUGGACCAGCGGGAGUACCUGACCACCCUGGGGCAGCGCCUGGCUCACAUCUCCACUGACCCCCGGCUGGCCAAGGCCAUAGUGUUGGCCGCCAUCUUCCGUUGCCUGCACCCGCUACUGGUGGUGGUUUCCUGCCUUACCCGGGACCCCUUCAGCAGCAGCCUACAGAACCGGGCAGAGGUGGACAAGGUGAAAGCACUGUUGAGCCACGACAGUGGCAGUGACCACCUGGCCUUUGUGCGGGCUGUCGCCGGCUGGGAGGAGGUGCUGCGUUGGCAGGACCGCAGCUCCAGGGAGAAUUACCUGGAGGAAAACCUGCUCUACGCACCUAGCCUGCGCUUCAUCCACGGACUCAUCAAGCAGUUCUCGGAGAACAUUUAUGAGGCCUUCCUGGUGGGGAAGCCCUCGGACUGCACCCUGGCCUCUGCCCAGUGCAACGAGUACAGUGAGGAGGAAGAGCUGGUGAAGGGCGUGCUGAUGGCCGGCCUCUACCCCAACCUCAUCCAGGUGAGGCAGGGCAAGGUCACCCGGCAGGGGAAGUUCAAGCCCAACAGCGUCACAUAUAGGACCAAAUCAGGCAACAUCCUGCUGCACAAGUCGACCAUUAACAGGGAGGCCACACGGUUGCGGAGCCGAUGGCUGACGUAUUUCAUGGCGGUCAAGUCCAAUGGCAGCGUCUUCGUCCGGGACUCCUCUCAGGUGCACCCGCUAGCUGUGCUGCUCCUGACCGACGGGGACGUGCACAUCCGCGAUGACGGGCGCCGGGCCACCAUCUCACUGAGCGACAGUGACCUGCUGCGGCUGGAGGGUGACUCGCGUACCGUGCGGCUGCUGAGGGAGCUGCGGCGGGCCCUGGGCCGCAUGGUGGAGCGGAGCCUGCGCAGCGAGCUGGCUGCACUUCCCCCCAGCGUGCAGGAGGAGCACGGGCAGCUGCUUGCGCUACUGGCAGAGCUGCUGCGAGGACCCUGUGGCAGCUUUGAUGUGCGCAAGACAGCUGAUGACUGAGCCCUGCUUUUGCUGGGGCUGUGUACAGAGUGCAAAUGUUUAUUUAAAAUAAAGUUCUAUUUAUCCCUUGUGA